AUGCGCUCUGACGGACAGGCCGACCCAUUCAAGGAGUCCGCAGUGUUACCAAGUGACAACACAAACAAGCACAGAGACACACAGAAGCAGCCGGCUGAUGUCCUGGCAGGUCGUGAGAGCAGUGAGGACAGGACUCUGGCUGUGCUGCUGGAGCAGGCGUUCAGGAUCAAGGAGGAAGUGUCCUCUGGUCUGCAGAAGUGUGAAGGAAGUGCCCACGCACACGCCUUGUCCCAUACACUACUGCAGAGCCACAUCCUCAUCAUCACACGCAUCGUCCAACAGCUCAGUGUCAGUGUUCAGAUCCUCCAGGGUCAAAUAGCAGAGCGAGACUGGGUUAUGAGUGGAACCACACAGGCUGUUCAAUGGCUCGACAGAAAGAACAUGGCGAGCAUCGGGGACCUGAGGGGACGAGUAGCCAGGUGUGAGGCGAGCCUAGGACAGCUGAGUGCUGAAGUGAAGAGCUCAGAGCGGCAUGUUCAGCGUCUGCAGCAGGAGGUGAACCAGCUCCGAUCAGUCGUGGAGCUCGGGAUUAAAAAUGUGCAUGUUAAGCUGCAGCGUGACCUUGGUCGACUGGAGGCGUCUUUGGCAGAAGUUUAUCAGGCCCAAAGGAGCUUCAGGUCGGAGGUGCAAAGCCAAAUCGGAAAAGUAGAAAACGAACUGUCAGAAAAAAUAACACAAGUGGUGAAGCAGUCGAGUACGAUGAAGAAGUGGACAGAACAACAGACUCAACACUGUGUCCAGUCACUUGAACAAAGCCAGAGACAACUACAGGGAAACAUGGUGAAGGCGCAGCGUGGACUCCUCGACAAACUGCAGGCCCUUGAAGGAGGUCUGGAGCAGUUGAGGAGUCAGCAGGAGCGGGCCGUGUGCAGUCAGGCCGAGCGGCUCAAAAACACAGAGACCGGACUCAGUAACAGGACAGAAGCGCUAGAGAAGAUCCUCCAUCAUGAAGUGCAGCUGCUCAAACACAACUACCACAAAGGGUUCACGUCUGUGCACGACGCCAUUGAGACGCUGAAGGAAGUAACAGACCUCAAAUCUCGCCUGGAAAAAGGAAAAAUUCAAAAGAAACUCAACCACAUUUGUGAGAAAGUUGCAAAGCUGAGUCAUGUGUAA